GCGCGGGCCGCCGGGCGCGCGCGGGCCGGGCCCAGAGGCGGGAGGCGCCGGGACGGUCCCGGGCGGCAGCGGGAAGUGGCCACGGGAACCGGCCACGGCGGGCAGGGGGGUCCCGCCGCUUUCCCCACCGGUUUUCCCGCUAACGCUCCGCUCCUCCCGCCCCGCAGAACCGAUGCGGAUCGCGGCGGCGGGUGUCGCCCCCUGAGGCUGCGCGGCGGCGGGAGAAUGCAAGAGGCGGGCGGGGACAUGGGGACCGGCGACAAGGAAAAUCACUCUUCUGAGCCGCACAGGAACGUAUUGGAAACCCCUCUGAAACAAGCAGCUACCUCACAGUCGGUGUUGACGGAGAUCCAGCCCCUCACCACACCCCCGAAACCCAAAGAAACCCCCCCGGCCGACCCAUGGACACCCACUUCCAACCUCAAAAUGCUGAUCAGCGCCGUUAGUCCCGAGAUUAGGAGCAGAGACCAGCGCCGGGAGCUGUCAAACAACGCAAGGGACGUCCUGCCAGCAAAACCCUGUUUGCAGGAGCACUUAUCGGGAGACGAAUAUGAAAAAUCUCAUCCAAGUCGCAAAGAGAAAAGUCUAGGAUUACUGUGUCAUAAGUUCUUAGCUCGAUAUCCUGAUUACCCCAGCACCGCCGAGAAUAAUUACAUUUGCCUCGAUGAAGUAGCUGAAGAGCUUAAUGUGGAACGUAGGCGCAUUUAUGACAUUGUGAACGUGCUCGAGAGCCUCCACAUGGUGAGCCGCCUUGCCAAAAACAGGUACGCUUGGCACGGGCGACACAAUCUCUCCAAAACCCUGCAGGCUUUGAAAAAAGUUGGAGAGGAGAACAAAUACACCCAGCAAAUUCAGAUGAUCAAGAAAAGGGAGUAUGAGCACGAGUUUGAUUUCGAUGGUGAAAGGAACGAAGACAUGGCGAGGUCUUUUGGCUCCAUUGAGCAUUCAGAAAUGUCUUUUGUCGAGCUCCCAGGAAUGGAAUUCCGUGCUGCCUCGGUGAAUAGCAGGAAAGACAAGUCUUUGCGAGUGAUGAGUCAGAAAUUUGUGAUGCUGUUUCUUGUGUCGACCCCUCAAAUCGUGAGCCUUGAAGUCGCUGCUAAAAUCUUGAUUGGAGAAGACCAGUUAGAAGACUUGGAUAAAAGCAAGUUUAAAACCAAAAUUAGGAGACUUUAUGACAUAGCGAAUGUUCUCAGUAGCCUUGAGCUUAUCAAGAAGGUUCAUGUGACGGAGGAGAGAGGUAGAAAACCAGCGUUCAAAUGGACAGGACCCGCAGUCUUGCCAAAUACUCAGGAUACAAAACUUGAAAUGACUUCUACGACCCGUUCCCCGCCUAUUUCAGACUCCAUCGCUUCCAAAGAACAGUGUUCAAAAAACCUUUUUCCUUCACGAGGGAAGCAAAACUUCACUCGGCAUCCGUCUCUGAUCAAGUUAGUUAAAAGUAUAGAAAACGACAGAAGAAAGAUCCAAUCUGCUCCGACCAGCCCAGUUAAAAUAAGUGCAACAGGUACUGAUCCAAAUUUAUCAGCUUUCCCAAGUCAAAUGGCUGUGGUUCCAGCAAUCGCUAAACAGCAGCUGGAAGGACAAUCCAAGAAAGCGAAAGAGCUGAAAAUGAAAUUGUCGGGAUCUGCUCUGGAAUUCAAUGUGUCCUCAUCACCCGAGGCCGCCCCCAAACCCGAAGCUCCUCGGAACGUGACCCCCUCCCAGCAGCCGAGCCCGGGGCUCUGUCCCCCGAGCCACAGCGCAGUCCCCCCGCUCAUUCUACCUCAUCCUCACUCAGGCGUUUCAUACGCCAUUUAUCUGCAUCCUUCUCAAGCCCACACUGUGACCGCCUACAACCCGAGUUUCAUGCUGCAGCCUCUACCGUGUGCUAACGUAACUGGAGCAAAAAGCGUGAAUUCAAAAGGGUUAAAUACCAUAACCACUGAGGAAGGGGACGGUCAGACUGCUACAGAUGAGCCCACAAAGUCCUUGACAGCUCAAGAAAGAGCGACUGUGAAAUCAGAAACUUCGUCACAGAGGUGCCUUAAAAGAUCACAAGCAUUACAAGAGAAUAAUUCUAUUAAAAGGUUUAGAAGUGAUGAGGAAAACUUUGAUACUUCUCUGGGAGAAUCUAUUAAGAAUGAAAGACCACCAUCCACUAGCUCAGAAGUAAAUCACGAAACAGAUGAUUCCCAGCAAGAGAGACAGAACAAAACCGAAACCUCAGAUCAAAACACAGCAAGUUGCUAUGAGCAGUGUAAACGAGAAGAUAUUCCAGAAGACGAGGACAAGACUAAACAAGACAUAGCUGUAGCGUUUGCCAUUCCUGCUCCCGAGACAUUUUUUCCAUCUGGUUAUCUUAUUCCUCUGACUCAGUGCACCCACGGCACCAAGGCUGGUGUUUCUGAUAAAGAGAAAGCUGGGAUCUGCUCGGUACAGCAAACUACGUACAGCUCUCCCAUCGCUGGCGUUAUUCCAGUGACGGCAUCUGAACUGAAAGCAGUUAACAUUCCUGCCUUUCACAUAACACCGUUCAAUAUAAUGCUGUCCCCGACAUCUAUCGCUGCUGCACCCAUGCUGAGCAACUCCUGCCUCAGCUCCAGCAAUGCCGGCUCUGCCCAAAUUCCAAGUCCUUCCAUUCUCAACUUCACCCUGCAACACGUAGGACUGAUACCUGCUGGGGUGCAGGUCCCCGCAAAUCCCGCGCUCCAGCACAUGCCGCAACCAGAAAGUGUCGGCCGGAGCUCGGGAAACGUGAACCUGCAAGAGGAGAAGGAACCCCCGGAGCCCCAACCGGUCGCAGAGAAUUUCUUCCGCACGCCAGGAGGACCAAACACGGGAUCUUCUGUGAACUCAAAUGGUACCGAGAGGAUCUCUCAAGGGACUCUGUAUAUUCCUCAACGAAAACUUGAAGUGUCACAAGACUAAUUUUGGGAUAUCCGAUUGCUGAAUGCGUUAGCAGGUGUAAUUACUGGUAACGCUCCGCACACGUCUGGGAUUGUGCGAUGGACAAUGUGUGUUUGGACGUGUAUUGGCAAGACUGGAAUAGCCUUAAUGAGAUGCUUUAGAAUUAAAACUGGCUCUUAAUGAGAAAGUUAAUGUCUAUUUUUUUUUUCAAAAGGCUUACCUGAAGUAUUAUAGCAACAAAGUUAUGUAUCUAGGGAUUUUUGUGUUGCUUUUCUGCUAUGCAAAGUAAGCUGAGAUUGUCUUUGUACAGAAAGGUACAGUUUAUCAGUCAGUACGUAUUUUGCACAAAGAAAAGUACUGUGAGCAUGUACAUAUUUUAUGUCUUAACAAAAAGGCCACCGUUCAAAUGUCUUGCUCCUAUGUUCAAUAAUGCUCUUUUGUAAAGUUAGUUAAAAAAAAAAAAAAAGGAAAAAAAAAACUUAAUCAAGUUUUAUAUAAGUUAAGGAUUAUUUAUACUGUAUUUUUUAAUCAAUUUGUUCAGAUUAAACUUACAACAAACUCAAAA